AUGGCUGCCGCAAUCUCCACCAUACACGCGCCUGCCAUCACAAUGGCUUCUGCACUCAAUUCGCUUCCAGUGCUGCGCGCCUGUGCCUUCCGGCCACGCGCAACCAUUCUCCGACCACAAAAUGCUGUGAUAGGAGUCAAGCGUCCAGCAUACCGCUCCUUCGCCGAUGACAAAAGCAAUCAACUCCCCGAAGCAGAGGAGGGCGACAAGGGCCCCAACAUGGACCAGGCAGCACACGUCAGUGAGGAGGCUGCGAAGAUGGCCAAGAUUCAAGGUGGUCAAGGCCCGGAUAUCGAGGGCCAGGGAACAGCAGUGCAAGAUAUCCUCAAGAACGAGAAGGAUACACGCCAGAAUGCGCCACAGGUCAUGCAGGAAGAGGCGAAGAAGGGCAAGGACGGGCCAAAGCCAGGCACAAGGCCGUUCUCGACGCUUGCACGGCGACAGGUAGAGCUGACUCCUGCCUCCGAGUCGUCAGAACCAUUAGACUCAUCAAUGCUCCCUACAGCCGCCGAGCAAGCCGACCACGACGCAGAACUAGACGCCUCGUCCAACCUGCCCGUACCACAGCAAGGAGGCGAAGGUCACAAGUUUCCGCUACCCGAGCUACCUCUCGCCCAAGGCUUGAACAAAGACUACCGAUACGAUCCCGUCGUGCAGCAAAUAACGAACCUGAUCAUGCAAGACGGCAAGAAGGCUGCCGCGCAACGCAACAUGGCUACCAUCCUCAACAUCCUACGAACGACGCCCGCGCCUACAUAUAGCCCCACGCGACCAUUACUACCCGGCGCACCGCCCGCUAGCCAUCUCCCACUCAACCCAACGCUAUACCUUACUCUCGCCGUCGACAGUGUAGCACCGUUACUGCGCAUUCGCUCGCAAAAAGGCGCGGCAGGUGGUGGUGUGGCGCUGCAGAUUCCUGUACCCUUGGGUCUCCGGCAGAGGAGGCGCACAGCGUUUGAGUGGAUAUUGGACGCGGCGGUGAAGAGGAAGUCGCGUGGAAGUGGAAACGAUAUGUUUGCAACCAAGGUCGCAGACGAGUUGAUCGCGAUCGUAGAGGGAAAGAGCACUGUGUGGGAGAAGAGAUUGGGUGUGCAUAAGCUGGCAACUACGGCAAGAGCGAACUUGUCAUAUGGUAUUCGAGGCAGGAGAUGA